AUGACCUCAAUUCUGACGCCGCGGCAGGCUGAAGAACUUACUGAAAAGUCGCCAUGGACUAGGCACAAAGCAAUAAUAGCAUAUCUUUCGGCAAACAACCUGUCAAACUCGGCCACAGCUCUGAGAACAGAGCUUGGAUUAGCUGAAGAUGUCUUUGAUGCCGCUACAGCAAAGAAAUAUGAAGGGUUGAUCGAGAAGAAAUGGACCAGUGUGAUAAUGGAUCUCGAAUCGAGAAACAACGCCCUCCAGAGCGAGCUCGACAAUGCAACCCCUCUAUCUCUAGCCAAACGCAACACCGAUCCUACUGCAUGGCUUCCCGCGCCGCGACCACGAUACUCACUCGAAUCGCAUCAAAACACCAUAAACUGUAUCGCAUUCCACCCAGUCUACUCUUCCAUCGCAUCUGGCUCCGACGACUGCACAAUAAAGAUUUGGGAUUGGGAGCUGGGCGAGCUAGAAAGAACCAUCAAGAGUCACACGAGACCCGUCCUUGAUGUUGAUUUUGGUGGCCCCCGGGGAGGCAUCUUGUUGGCAUCUUGCAGUUCGGAUCUUACAAUCAAGUUGUGGGACCCCUCAGACGACUACAAAAACAUUCGCACACUUCCGGGUCACGACCAUAGUGUCAGCGCGAUCCGGUUCAUGCCAAGUGGUGCUUCCGGAGCUGCCAUGUCUGGCAACUUACUAGUCAGCGCAAGUCGCGACAUGACACUCAAAAUUUGGGACGUCUCGACGGGUUUCUGCCUAAAGACGAUCAGGGGACAUACUGCUUGGAUUCGUGAUGUGUACCCAUCCCUCGACGGCCGUUAUCUACUCUCCACAGGAGACGACUCCACAGUCAGGUUAUGGGAUCUUUCGGUCACCAACCCAGAAAACAGACUGACUAUGAUUGGCCACGAUCAUUACGUCGAGUGCUGUGCACUAGCACCUCCAAGCUCAUACCCCUUCUUCUCACGACUUGCUGGCUUAAAGAAGCCGCCAGCUGCCAGCAGCACUGCCGAGUUCAUGGCAUCAGGAUCACGCGACAAGACUAUAAAACUCUGGGACGCACGCGGGACCUUGCUCAAGACUCUUAUUGGCCAUGACAAUUGGGUACGCGCACUCGUCUUCCACCCGGGCGGUCGUUACCUUUUAUCUGUAUCAGACGAUAAGACAUUAAGGUGCUGGGAUCUGGAACAGGAUGGCAAGUGCGUCAAGACUAUUGGAGAUGUUCACGAACGAUUUGUUACUUGCCUGCGGUGGGCACCGGGCGUCGUUAUGGAUGCGCCUGCGGAAGCAGAUGGACAGUCGAAUGGAACACCACGGAAGAAGACCGAAGCGGCCCCUGCCGUUCGUAUUCGGUGUGUCAUUGCGACGGGCAGUGUCGACAUGAAGCUGCGCAUAUUUGCAAACUGA